AUGACGAGUCCUUCGGAGACUGGGAAGUUCCAGAUGAAUUUGGCCGCCCUGAAGGGGACGUCGCAUCUGAGACAGAGCCAGAGAGAGUUUGCCGAAGCCAUGGAGGCAACUCGCCCAGAAGUUUUGCGUGGAUGUCCAGCUCACGUCGCGUCUGGCGGCUUUGGACGGGUGUUUUGGGCGAGUUGGCAUCGGCGUCGCAGCUUCUUCCACCUGAGCAGGGUUACCGAAACCUACGACGAGUUCGUCAGUCAUAGCUGGGAGGUUGCAUCUUGGAAGAAAGCUCUGCUCAUGGUGAUAUUAAAGCAUGGCCCACCUGCCUGCCUCCUAGCGGCCCUUGGUGCUGCGCUGAUGAUGUGGAUUUGGCAGUUUGGCUUCUUGCCUGGCUACGUGAAAGCUGAGUAUGAGUCCGAUGCGCCGGGCUUGCAACACUCUUUUUGGAGCCUUCUCGCGGGGCUUAUCCUGGUUCCCUUGACUCUAUUCUUCUGGAAGCCUCGUGGCAUCGUUUUUUUAGACCGGGUGUGUAUCAACCAGUUCGACAGCCGCCAGAAGGCGGAAGGAAUUCUGAACCUGGGAGCCAUACUGAAAGCGUCCGAAUCGCUUCUGCUUGUCUGGGACGAGUCCUAUGACAGGCUUUGGUGUGUCUUUGAGCUAGCAGCAUUCCUUCGUUCCCAUCCCGACAUGCUCACCACCAUGAACCUCUCCAAACUGAAAGUGGUUCCUGCCGCUCUUGGCUAUGUGUCCGUCUCACUGGCGCUAGGUUGUCUAGCCUUUGGCUUUUUCGGGUUCCUGGUUCCGUCAGAGGAUGUUUGGCUGCAGUGGACCGUCAAAUCGCUUCUGAUGGUUGUUUGCGGCAAUGUCGCGGUAGACGCAUUUCGUUCGCACUUCCGGGGCCUGGACGCGAUGAGCUCUCAGCUGCAGAGCUUUGAGCUUCAGAAGACCAGCUGCUGGUGCUGCUCUGUGAAUCAUGUGCACCCGACGACUUCUGAACAGCUCCCAUGCGAUAGAAGCAUCCUUACCAAGUGUUUGACCGCAUGGUUUGGUUCCGAGCAGGCCUUCAAUGAUGCUGUUCGCUCGUCUGUGGCCACCGCCCUCGAACAGCAGCUGGGCUAUGACGCAUUUCCAUACACCUGGCUAUUGUGGUCGUCGUCACCAUACUUGUGGAGCCUCAUGGACGUUCUGGCCAGCAUGCUAGGCAAUAGUGCUCUCAGGGAGGAUGCUGUCCAGAGGAUUCUCAUCAGAAGCCCUAUCUAUUGGCUCUUCACUUUUCCAACGAUUUUCACGUGGGGCAUGAUCAUGGCCCGCUUCGUGCGAGCGAAGGGGCGAAACUGCCUCACCGAGUUUCUUCGCAACAUCCUCGUCGUUGUCAUGGCUGGGCCAAGCAUCCUUGUCGUCUUGUUUUGGGAGAUUUGGACCCGCCUCGCUUUCGAGAAUAAGUUGGUGGGCUCCUUGAUUUUUGUGACUAGUGCUGUGGUGAAUUUUCUCAUCACAAGGUCUAUCUACCAUUGGCACCACGGCAAACGAAUCUUGCAGCCGAUUGGUCCAAGAUCCUGA